UCAAUGAGAAGUAAAUCAAAAAUAAAAAUCCAAAGGAGGAAGAGAAAGCUCCGCAAAAUUUAGGAUACCAAUUGAUCUGUUGUAGAUGCCACGUUGGUUCACAUAUGAUUCAAAAAACCGUUAAGAACGGCGGAUUUCUGACGGCCCUGGCGCAAAAGUGCAAGAACUUGAACCAACUGAAGCAGACUCAUGCCCACAUUCUCAGAUGCCACCUCACACAUAAUCCCUACGCCAUCGCGCCGCUUCUCUUCGUCGCUGCGACCGCCGAUGAUGGCUUGUUUUUACCUUACGCUUCCUCCAUUUUCGCCAACCUGGAUCACCGUAAUACUUUCAUGCACAAUUCCAUGAUCAGGGGGUACGUUCAGGCAAAUUCACCCGUUCCCGCUAUAUUAUGUUACUUAGAGAUGUUGCAAAAUGGCGUUCCAGUCAAUAAUUAUACUUUUCCGGCUCUGAUUAAGGCCUGUAUUGUGUUAGAUCGUUGUUCGAAUGUAACCGUUCGUUUGGUGCAUGCCCAUGUCAUUAAAUUUGGUUACUGUGAUGAUCCUUUUGUUGUCAGUGCAUUUAUUGAAUUUUACUCCAAUGCUCGUGAAGUGGAAACUGCAAGAUUGUUGUUUGAUAAAAUUCCGAGAAAAGAUGUGGUGUUAUGGACAGCGAUGAUCGAUGGUUAUGGCAAGAUGGGGGAUGUACAAAGCGCUAGAGAACUGUUUGAUGAAAUGCCUGAAAGAAAUGUUAUAUCGUGGAGUGCAAUGAUGGCAGCAUACUCUCGAGUUAGUAACUUCAAGGAGGUGCUUGCUUUGUUCUCAGAAAUGCAGAACACAGGCAACAAGCCAAAUGAGUCAAUCCUUGUAACCGUACUCACUGCUUGCGCUCAUCUUGGUGCACUCGUGCAAGGAUUGUGGGUUCAUUCUUAUGCCAAGCGAUUCAAUUUGGAGUCAAAUCCUAUACUGGCCACAGCUUUAGUGGAUAUGUAUUCCAAAUGUGGAUGUGUUGGUUCAGCUUUAUCUGUUUUCGAGGCCAUGCCGUGUAAGGAUACUGGAGCCUGGAAUGCUAUGAUCUCUGGGGUUGCUUUGAAUGGUGAUGCAAGCAAAUCUUUAGAACUAUUUCAUCAAAUGGCUAUAAAUGGGACUAAGCCCUCUGAGACUACUUUUGUGGCAGUCCUCACUGCGUGUACACAUGCAAAGAUGGUUCAGGAAGGCCUUCAAUUUUUUGAAGAAAUGAACAUUGUUUAUGGGAUUAAACCCAGGGCAGAGCAUUAUGCUUGUGUCAUUGACCUUUUAUCCAGAGCAGGCAUGAUGGAGGAAGCAGAGAAUUUUAUUGAAGAGAAGAUGGGUGGACUUGCAGGUGGAGAUGCCAAUGUGUGGGGUGCUCUUCUAAAUGCAUGUAGAAUUUACAACAACGUGGACAUUGGAAACAGAGUGUGGAAAAAGCUGGUUGAUAUGGGUGUAGCUGACAGUGGAACUCAUGUUCUGUCAUACAAUAUAUACAAGGAAGCUGGGUGGGAUGUAGAGGCUAGCAGGGUGAGGAAGAUGAUAUCAGAAGCAGGAAUGAAAAAGAAACCUGGAUGUAGCAUAAUAGAAGUAAAUAAUGUAGUUGAAGAGUUUCAUGCUGGUGAUCAAUCUCAUCCACAGGCGCCAGAAAUAUAGCGACCUGAUGAAGAGAUGACUUGGCAUUUUGCUUCUGAGCAAUGGAAAGGAGGGUUUGCCGAACCCAGCUUUCAUGGACACUGUUUUGCCUUAAAAUCCUUUGCUGAUAACAAACCAUUGAUGA